AUGCAAGGUGAUAUCAUUGGCCUUAAAAUGUGGAUUAAGAAAGAAAGUAGAUCCGCUCAUUCCAUUCAUUGUUUUGCUCAUCAACUUCAAUUAACUCUUGUUGGUGUUGCAAAAAAAUGUCUUCAAGUGGGAGAACUUGUAAACUUGGUUUCGGAUAUUUUGAAUGUGUUGGCGGCUUCUUAUAAAUGUAUGGUUAAAUAUCGAGAAUCUCAAACGAAAAAAAUUCAAGAGGCUUUAGAAAAGGAUGAGCUUAAAACUGGUAGGGGCUUGCAUCAAGAACUUGGUAUUUCUAGAGAUUGUGAUGCUCGUUGGGGAUCUCACUUCAAAUCUUUUAAUUAUUUUAUUCUUCAAUUUGGUACAAUAAUGGAUGUACUUGAUACUAUUGUUGAAACUGCACAUAGUUUGGAUGAAAGUGCCAGGGUGACAGGAUAUAUCAGAGCUGCUCAAAUGUAUGAGAUAAGGUUGCAAGAGUUAAGGGAAGAUAAAAAAUGGGAUUUGUUUGCUGCUGAGGUAUCUACGUUCUGUGUCAAGUAUAACAUUGUGGUACCUAAUUUUGAUGAGUCGUAUGUUAACUCUGGGAGAUUUCGGCAUAAACCUAUUGAUUACACUUUCUUACAUUAUUACAAUGUUGACGUAUUUUGUAAAAUAAUUGAUUGGCAACUGCAAGAACUUAAUGAUCAUUUUGAUGAGGAGACAACUGAGUUGCUUUAUGGAGAGUUGCUUGUUUGA